AUGGCGGGGUUCUUCCAGAAGCUCAUAGGUGGUGGCAAUGCUGUCUCGAAACCAGAUAACAGUGCCUCGGUCAAAGGCAAGAAGGACGAGCCCCCUCAAGACCUAACGCCGGUAGAGAAACUCUUGUACAAUGCCGGUCCGAUCCGGGAGGAUGGUAGCGACAAGUUCUUUGGUUUAGAGAAUUUUGGGAGCACCUGUUAUUGCAACUCGAUUGUACAGGUGCUAUAUCACUCGGAACAUUUUCGAGAAAAUGUAGUCAAAUAUCCACCAGUCUCCCCCAGCUGGACAGAGAGAAAGGUCAACGUCACCAUACGGCCUCCUCCGCAGGCAAACGGAACUGCCGCCGGCCCUGCGAAGGGGCAGCCGGCCACGAAGCCCCGACAAUCCUUUAGUGGCGGCCAGCUAGCUCCUCCAGUACCACCUUUACGGCCAGAGGACAAGCCAGACUCACCCGAAUACAAGAAGAAGCAGGCCAUGAUAAGGGGCCCAAUACUGGAGCUUGCGCAGGAGUCUAGCGAAGCCUACGGGAUGCAAGAGUGCACUUUCACCUGCCUCAAAGACAUCUUUAUGGCACUCAUCGAGAGCCAAUCCAGGACAGGCGUGCUAAGCCCCCAGAGAUUCCUCGAGAUUUUCAAGCGUGACAACGAGGGUUUCCGCAAUUCAAUGCACCAGGACGCUCACGAGUUCUAUGGAAUAGUUCUCAACGACGUUAUUGCCAAUGUGGAAGCCAAUGCUAAGCGCAUGCAAGAGCUAACCGAGAGCACGAGCGGAAACGGGCAUGCCGUGUCAAACGAGACAGCGCCAUCGCAUAUAAACACAACAUUUGGGACUGGAACACCAGGAACAGGCUGGGUGCAUGAUAUAUUUGAAGGCGUGUUAACCUCAGAAACGAGGUGCUUAGCCUGCGAGACGGCAUCACAGCGGGACGAAACGUUUUUGGACUUGUCAAUCGAUCUCGAACAGCAUUCUUCGGUUACGGCAUGCUUGCAGAGCUUCUCUGCCGAGGAAAUGUUGUGCGAAAGGAACAAGUUCCACUGCGAUCGCUGUGGCGGUUUGCAAGAGGCCGAAAAGCGGAUGAAGAUCAAGAAGCUACCCAAGGUCCUGGCGCUGCAUCUAAAACGGUUCAAGUACACCGAGGAUUUCACCCGACUGCAGAAACUCUUCCACCGCGUUGUCUAUCCUUACCACCUUCGCAUGUUUAAUACGACUGACGAUGUGGAGGAUCCUGACAGGAUGUAUGAGCUUUACGCAGUUGUCGUGCACAUAGGGGGUCAAGCAGUCCAUGGGCACUACGUCGUCGUUAUCAAGACAAAAGACCGCGGCUGGCUGUUGUUUGAUGAUGAGAUGGUAGAGCCGGUCGACAAGAACUUCGUCCUGAACUUUUUCGGAGACAAGCCUGGGAUGGCAUGUGCCUAUGUAUUGUUCUACCAAGAGACGACAUUUGAGAAGGUGCGGGAAGAGAUGGAUGCCGAGGGCCUGGAGCAAGUGAAGCUGGCCAGCCAGGCAGCAGAGCUUGCUGCGAACGCUGAGCAGGUCAACGGCGCAACAUCAGUUCCAAUCCUCAAAGUCAACACGCAAACCUUACCGCCGGCGAGCGAGAAUGAAAUCCUGGCCACUGUGGAACGUCCAAGGUCGACUCCCAAUGACAUUACCAGCCCAGCUCAACCUCCGCCGCCGCUUUCUGAAUCCGAAGCACACCCCUUGAUCGCCGCCCCGCCUCCUGCACCAGCCGUCAUGACAAAGGCAGACGAGGCAGCCACAGUACCGCCGAAGACCAAAGAGGAAAAAGCACGAGAGAAGAGAGAGCUCAGGGCCCAAGAGAAAGCCCAGGAGAAAACACGGAAAGCGGCAGAGAAGGAGCGGGCGCGCCUUGCAGCACAAGAGCGACAGGAGCAAAACAAACUACUACGCGAAGCAUUAAGAAGCGAGCAAGACCAGCUUCAAAAGGCUAUUCGGGAGAGCAAGCAGACAGCGGCUGACGAGGAAAAGCGGCACAAGACGGAAACGUCGGAUGCAGCCGGUCCGGAACGGGGUUCUGACAAUCACAAAAACUCCAGCUCGGGGUUCCUUAGCCUUGCCGACAGGAGUAGGAAGUCAAUGAUGGCGCGGAAAAGCUUCGCGUUCCUCAAGGUCGACAAGGAGAGGGACAAAGACAAGGCCAAGGCCGACAAGGGCGACAGGACGGACCGCAGCGAGGGGAGCAGCGAUAACAGGAGCGACCUGGCCGAUAGCAGCACGACGACGACCACAGGAGCGGGGGAGAGUGCCUCGCACAACCUGCACGCCCAGAACGGGACCGGCGCCCGUACAGCCAGCCCCUUGCCGGCGCGGCUAGGACCGCCCCCGCGGUCCGACACGGCGCCGGCGGCCGUCGAUCGGCUACUUCCAACCCACAAGGACAAACCGCCGCUCAUGGAACGGUUCAGUUUUGGACUGGGCAGGAAGAAGAGCAGCAAGUUUUUGUCUACGUCCUAG